AUGGCUGCCUCCACCCUGUCCGUCUGCUCCAGAGACCUGAGCUACGGCAGCCGGGUCUGCCAGCCCGGGCCCUGGGGCUCUUGCCCUGACUCCUCCUGGCAGGUGGACGACUGCCCAGAGAGCUGCUGCGAGCUCCCCUGCUGCGCCCCCAGCUGCUGCGCCCGGAUCCCCUGCCUGACCCUCCUCUGCACCCCAGCCAGCUGUGUGUGUAGCCCCUGCCAGUCAGCCUGCACCAGCCCCUGCACACCCUCCUGCUGCACCUCCUGCCCCUGCCAACAGGACUGCUGUCUGCCCAUCUCCUGCACACUCAUCUCCUACACACCCGUCUCCUGCACACCUGUCUGCUGCAAGCCCAUGAGCUGUGUGCCUAUCUGCUCUGGGGCCUCCCCCUGCUCAGACCCCUCAUGCUGCCAGCAGUCUAGCUGCCAGCCCUCCUGCUGCACCUCCUCCCCCUGCCAGCAGGACUGCUGUGUGCCCAUCUGCUGCAGACCUGUCUGCUCUGGGGCCGCCUACUGCCCAGCCCCUUCGUGCUGCCAGCCCACCCCCUGCCCCCCGUCCUGCUGCAGACCCUCCUCCUGCGUGUCCCUCACCUGUCGCCCCGUGUGCAGGCCCUCCUCCUGCAUGUCCCUGCUCUGCCGCCCCGUGUGCAGGCCCGCCUGCUGCGUGCCCGUCUCCUCCUGCUGUGCCCCCGCCUCCUGCCAGCCCAGCUGCUGCCGCCCGGCCUCCUGCGUGUCCCUGCUCUGCCGCCCCGUGUGCUCCCAUGCGGCCUGCUAUGGCCCCACCUCAGCCCAGAAGUCCUGCUGCUGA